AUGGCACCUCCUUACAUGACUCCUCCUCACAUUGCACCUCCUUACAUGGCACCUCCUUACAUGACUCCUCCUCACAUUGCACCUCCUUACAUGGCACCUCCUUACAUGACUCCUCCUCACAUAGCACCUCCUUACAUGACUCCUCCUCACAUAGCACUUCCUUACAUGACUCCUCCAAAUAUAGCACUUCCUUACAUGACUCCUCCUUACAUGACUCCUCCUCACAUGGCACCUCCUUACAUGACUCCUCCUUGCAUGACUCCUUACAUGACUCCUCCUCACAUAGCACAUCCUUACAUGGCACCUCCUUACAUGGCACCUCCUUACAUGACUCCUCCUUACAUGGCACUUCCUUACAUGGCACCUCCUUACAAGACUCCUUACAUGACUCCUCCUUACAUGGCACCUCCUUACAUGGCACCUCCUUACAAGACUCCUUACAUGGCACCUCCUUACAUGACUCCUCCUCACAUGGCACUUCCUUACAUGACUCCUCCUUACAUGACUCCUCCUCACAUGGCACUUCCUUACAUGGCACCUCCUUACAAGACUCCUUACAUGGCACCUCCUUACAUGACUCCUCCUUACAUGACUCCUCCUCACAUGGCACCUCCUUACAUGACUCCUCCUCACAUGGCACCUCCUUACAUGACUCCUCCUCACAUAGCACCUCCUUACAUGGCACCUCCUUACAUGACUCCUCCUCACAUAGCACUUCCUUACAUGACUCCUCCUCACUGUGCACCUCCUUACAUGGCACCUCCUUACAUGACUCCUCCUCACAUAGCACCUCCUUACAUGACUCCUCCAAAUAUAGCACCUCCUUACAUGACUCCUCCUCACAUAGCACCUCCUUACAUGACUCCUCCUUACAUGGCACCUCCUUACAUGACUCCUCCUUGCAUGACUCCUUACAUGACUCCUCCUCACAUGACUCCUCCUUACAUGACUCCUCCUUACAUGACUCCUCCUUACAUGACUCCUCCUCACAUGGCACUUCCUUACAUGGCACCUCUUUACAAGACUCCUUACAUGGCACCUCCUUACAUGACUCCUCCUCACAUGGCACUUCCUUACAUGACUCCUCCUUACAUGACUCCUCCUCACAUGGCACUUCCUUACAUGGCACCUCCUUACAAGACUCCUUACAUGGCACCUCCUUACAUGACUCCUCCUUACAUGACUCCUCCUCACAUGGCACCUCCUUACAAGACUCCUUACAUGGCACCUCCUUACAAGACUCCUUACAUGGCACCUCCUUACAAGACUCCUUACAUGGCACCUCCUUACAAGACUCCUUACAUGGCACCUCCUUACAUGACUCCUCCUUACAUGACUCCUCCUCACAUGGCACCUCCUUACAUGACUCUUUGCGUGACUCCUCCUUACAUGACUCCUCCCCACAUGGCACCUCCUUACAUGACUCCUCCUUACAUGACGCCUUACAUGACUCCUCCUCACAUAGCACCUCCUUACAUUGCUCCUCCUUACAUGACUCCUCCUUACAUGACUCCUCCUUACAUGGCACCUCCUUACAUGACUCCUCUUACAUGGCACCUCCUCACAUGA